CUUAAACUGUAUCAAACAGUCUAAAGUUCGAACUUUUCAACAUUUGCAUGUUUUAACGGUUUGGAUAUUAAGAAAAAUGAUCGACGAUUUUUCUUGGAUUAAUUAAAAUAACAUAUAUAUUCAAAACAUGAUAUUACUCAGCAGAUCUAAAAGAUGGAUAACGAUAUGUGUAAUAUUGCACCAGUUGAGUCUCGCAUUUGGGCAGUCAUCCCGUUAUGAUUGCCCCGGAGGAUGGGAUACUUACGAGGAAAACUGUUAUCGAUUUGUGCGAGGCCCCCGUCUCAACCACGAUAGAGCUGGAGAGAACUGUCGGCGAGACGGAGCUGCGUUGAUCAGUAUCAGUAGUGAUGGGGAACAUGCUUUCGUCACCAGAACAUUUGAUUCCAUUGAUCCAGGCCCAGGAAGGCUAACCUGGUUGACCAGUGGUAGACGAAACCCUACAAGGCCUUGGUCUUUCUUCUGGGAAGGUACAGGUGAUGAAAUACAGAGACACCAAUAUUGGAUCAACGAGACAAUUAGACAACGUCCGUCGCCAUACAACCACGUGUGCUAUUAUUAUGAUGGUAACAAGUGGGGGUGGAUACUGGGCAUUGCAAGCGAAGAGAGAGCCUUUAUAUGCGAGAUAAGCAAGAGAGAUAUUUGGAAAAUAUUGGACGAGCAAAGAGACCAUUCAUUUGGUGUCCUUAACCCAGAUAUCAAUACAUUGCCUCGAGGCCCAGAAUUCAUCAUUGAACCAGAGAAUACGAUCUUCUUUGAGGACACUCCGGAAAAGAUCGUCAGAAUGAUAUGCUCCGUAGACGCGUUUCCAUACAGCUCGUACACAUGGCAAAAGGACAACGUUGACAUUACCCAUAGAAGCGAUCCAAGAUACACCUUCACAAAUGGAGAGUUAGCCAUCAGUAACCCGACGAGAGACAGGGAUGCUGGGAGAUACCAGUGUGCUGCGCAAAACGAAGGAGGCAAGAUAUUCAGCAGACCAGCCUUCUUAAAUUUCGGAUAUCUACAUGACUUUUCCACACAGGUUCGCAAUCCAGUGCAGGUGGACGCCUGGCAGGGAUCCGCUAUAGAUUGUUACCCACCGGACCACUACCCUACCAUAAUGUUUGAUUGGUUCAAAGACAACACGGACAACUUUGUAAGGAAGGAGUAUACAUUCGUGUCGUGGGACAGUCGUCUGUGGUUCCAAUACGCCACCCAGGACGACAUAGGACUAUAUUACUGUAUGGUUUACCAGCGUGCAGGGGGGACUAACAGAGGGAGGACUAGUAUGCCAGUCCAUCUGCAGGUCAAUCAAGCAGUGACCCCAGUCAUUGAACCAACGUUUGCCACUGGUUUUCCACAGUCUUUCCCGGGGUCGCCUAAGCGUGGUGACUAUGUACGGCUAGAAUGCUUCUCACAGGGGACGGGUAAGCAUAUCUACAGGUGGGAUAGAAUAGGAGGUGAAAUGCCCCAAAAUGCCGAAUUUAGAGAAAGGAACCGAGUGCUAAUUCUGCCUAUGAUCCAACUCGAAGAAGCUGGUGAAUACAAAUGUACUGUUAGGAGAGAGUUUGGACAAUCCAUAUCAGAUGUCGUCCAAAUAGUCUUACAAUCUGAACCUUACUUCACCCUUCCGUUGGAAAACCAACAUUUAGACAUAGGGACCAACUUGAUCUGGAGAUGUGAGGCCAAUGGCGUACCUUCUCCUUCGUAUCGAUGGUACCGAAAUGGAGUGUUAUUGACGCAAGAGACAUUGCCACCUGAUAUGGCAGGGCGAGCUACAGUGAACAACAAUGUCCUGACCAUCAAUGAUGUACGGUUAUCAGAUGCUGAAAUGUAUCAGUGUGGUGCUGAAAAUGUUCAUGGUACACUCUACUCUACUGCUCAAGUGAGGGUCUUAGAAUUUGCACCUACAUUUGCCAAGCUAGAACUCCAACCAAGACAAUUUGCCACACAAGGUGGCACCACUACCAUCUACUGCAGCCCAGAGGCAGCCCCCAGACCUGAGAUACGCUGGUUCAGGGACAGAACGGAACUCCAUCCAUCACCCGAUGAGAAUGCAAGAGUGAGAAAAUUACCAAAUGGUCACCUCAUGAUCAGAGAUAUUGGGAGAGGUGAUAUGGGAAACUAUACCUGCAUAGCCACAAACAGUCAAGGAACAGCAAGCAGCACUGGAGAGUUGGUAAUUCUAACCCGUUCCACCAUACCAACUGGGCCAAUGGGUCUACAAGUUGUGGAAAACAUGACAUCUUAUCUCCAUUGUGAGGCCUCUGUUAACAGAAAGCUUGAUUUUACUUACAUUUGGAAGCACAAUGAUAUUAGAAUCAACCUUGAAAAGGAGUGGAAAGAAUUUGCUAGGUAUAAUGGGACAUACAGAGGGGGCCUGUUCAUAAAGAGGACAAAGAUUCACCACCAAGGCACUUAUACAUGUAUGGUUGAAACACAGGUUGACUCUGUUGAGUCCAAAGCAGAGCUGACAGUAAUAGGUCCACCCAUGCAGCCAACAGGGGUGAAGGUAGACCAGAUCACAGCCACAUCCAUACGGGUCAGCUUCUACAGUGGUUUCCCCAAUGGCAGACCCAUCACAUCUCAUGUUAUCGAAGCCUUGAACUACCAUCUCAACUACUGGGCAGUUGUGAAAACAAAUGUUCGUUGUAUUUAUGACCCAAAAGUCAGAUGUGUUACUACGGUGACUGGCCUCUCCCCCUGGUCUAGAUACAGAUUCAGGGCUAGGUCAGAGAAUGAACUGGGCACAGGGGAACCAAGUACACAAUCAGUUGAAAUCACAACUUCUUCAACUGCACCUAUGCAAGUACCAGGCAACAUAAGGCAAGGCUGGGGAAAAGUAGGCACACUGGAGAUUGUAUGGGAUCCUUUAAAACCAAAUGAAUUCAAUGGUCCGGGAAUAGGUUAUAAAGUGGAGUGGAUGGACUUGCAGCAGUCUCAAUCGAAUGAAUCAGCAAUAAUAAUGGGCACAGCGAAGAAAUACACCCACACUAUUGGCGAGGAUCUGUUCUACUUGUUGUACAAUGUCUCUGUAACAGCAUUCAAUGAUAUAGGCAUGGGACCUAAAGGGGAAUGGGUGACAAUAUAUUCAGCAGAACACAUUCCAACUGUAAUGCCUGUUGAUCUGCGUGCUAUCCAGUACAACUCUACUGCUCUGUAUGUUUGUUGGCAACACAUUGAACCUGGUAGAGACACUACAAGGGGAAGAAUAUUAGGAUAUGGGAUCAACUAUUGGAUAGAAGGAAAAGAGACAGAAGAGAUGUCAAUUCAGCAGAACUUGUACGGUCAGAUGGACUGUGGGAUGAUCAUUGGCCUCUGGCCUUUCACAAAUUACUGGACAAAUGUACAAGUGUUUAACUCAGCAGGGUAUGGACCAAAAAGUGCAAACUUCAAGCAAAGAACACUGAGAAAGGCUCCUGUUGAGUACCCUGAGGAGGUUAACUUUGCUGUGUUGAACAACACUGCACUGAAAGUCUGGUGGAGAGGUGUCAUGACAGACCAGACACAAGAGCCUGUAGAAGGCUACAAGAUGAAGUAUUGGCGAGACAGUCAGCAUGUACGAAGCGCUCUGGAGGUUGACGCAGGCAGACAUGUUGAGGGGAUACUCGCUAACCUGUCCCCAGGGAUCAGAUACAACCUAAGGGUAUCAGCCUACAGCAGAGGAGGCGACGGGGCAAUGAGUGGACCAACAAUCACUUUCUUCAUGAGUGGAAGCUCAAAACUGCACCAUUCUCCAACAAUAUAUGUGUGGACAUUAACUGCAAUAUGGACAAUAGUACACACAAUUUUCUGAUGACAGUAGAAAUGUAUAUUAUGCAGGGCCCCAUUUCUAGAAAACAAACUAUCAAAGACCAAUGCCUGUAUUUUAAUUAUGGUAAUACAUUUCACGAUCGACUGUCUCAAUACAUUUGAGAAAUAGAUCCAAGGAAGUAGAUCUACAGAUAUAAUCAUCUAAGGAUCUGAUACAUCUGAACAUAAUAUUCAGUUGAAAUAGUAUUACAGUGAAACCUGUGAAGUGGAACACCUCUGUAAGUGGAAGUCUUCAGAGUCUCAAGACCAACUGACUUAAUGUUAAAUGAAACUCUAUAUGUGGAACGCCUCCCAAGUGGA